CCAUGUUUCCUCCUGGGCUUAACAUGUUUUGGGUGCUUCCUAAUCCCUAUAUGUGUUGGGCUACAUAUAUGCAAGCCACAAUCUGUUCAAAUACUACCAAGUCAGUGGGAUCCUAUCUGGGCUCGUGCACACUGCAAAUUUUGCAGAGUGCAACAGACAGUAUAGGAUUCCACAGGUACAGAGAAGCGGUAGGCUUACCUAACAAGGGAAAAAUAGUGAAAGAAUAUCGAACACCGUGCCCUCAGAAGUAAGCAUAACUUGAACUUUGUCCAAGGAAAAAGGCAGGCAAGAAGGUAUACUUUGCAACUCAAAAGGUUAAGCCCUUCCUUUGAAAGCAGACAAUCCACAUUCCCUAAAACGUUUUUCUUUAAAAAGGGCAACCAAACAACUCCUUUCCCCUUCCUAUCUUUGCCCAAAUCAUGGCCUUGGCUAAUUUUCUUUUUAUUUUAUUUUUCCUACCUUCUCUUGAAGCUUUAUCCAAUGUAACCUCAUCAGAAGAACAAACAUUAAAUGCACAAGCUUUGACUAUGCAAGCUUGUAGCGAUGUUGAAAACCAGAGCUCAUGCCUAUCAAAUUUUCAAGCUGAGCUCAAAAAGAGUGGUCCUACUGCACAUUCUAUUCUCCAUGCUGCCCUCAGGGCAACGCUCGAUGAAGCGAUGCGAGCCAUUGAUAUGAUCACCAAGUUCAAUGCGUUGUCUGUCAGUUAUCGUGAACAAGUUGCGAUCGAGGAUUGCAAAGAGCUUCUUGAUUUCUCAGUAUCUGAGCUAGCAUGGUCCUUAAAGGAGAUGAACAAUAUCCGAGCAGGCAUAAAGAAUGUUCACUACGAGGGAAACUUGAAAGCUUGGCUUAGUGCUGCACUAAGCAACCCAGAUACGUGCCUUGAAGGAUUUGAAGGCACAGAUGGACAUCUCGAGAACUUUAUCAGAGGAAGCCUGAAACAAGUCACGCAGCUAAUUGGCAACGUCUUAGCUUUGUAUACUCAGUUGCAUAGCUUACCUUUUAAACCUCCACGAAACCAUAAUGGUACUACUACAAAUUCAGGUUCAGAUAAGUUCCCAGAGUGGAUGACAGAAGGUGAUAAAGAGCUUCUGAAAGGCAGUUCUCUUGGUAUGCACAUAGAUGCAAUUGUAGCUGGAGAUGGCACCGGUCACUACCGUACCAUCACAGAGGCCAUUAAUGAAGCUCCAAGCUAUAGUAAUAGAAGGUAUAUCAUAUAUGUGAAGAAGGGCGUUUAUAAAGAAAACAUUGACAUGAAGAGGAAGAAAUCCAAUAUCAUGUUCGUCGGGGACGGUAUUGGACAGACUGUGGUCACAGGCAAUCGCAAUUUCAUGCAAGGAUGGACUUCCUUUAGAACUGCUACUGUGGCUGUUUCUGGGAAGGGAUUCAUAGCAAGAGACAUGACAUUUCGCAACACGGCUGGACCACUAAACCAUCAAGCUGUGGCUCUUCGAGUUGAUUCGGAUCAAUCCGCUUUCUACCGGUGCAGCAUGGAAGGCUAUCAAGACACCCUCUAUGCUCACUCUCUCCGCCAAUUUUACCGCGAAUGUGAGAUUUAUGGCACCAUAGAUUACAUUUUUGGCAAUGGUGCUGCUGUGUUUCAAAAUUGCAAGAUAUACACUAGAGUGCCACUACCAUUACAAAAGGUUACAAUCACUGCUCAAGGCAGGAAAAACCCUCAUCAAAGCACCGGAUUUUCGAUUCAAGAUAGCUAUAUUUUUGCCUCACAACCGACAUACUUAGGGCGACCAUGGAAGCAAUAUUCCAGGACAGUUUUCAUGAAUACAUACAUGAGCGCUCUGGUCCAACCUAGAGGGUGGCUUGAGUGGUAUGGAAACUUUGCAUUAGGCACAUUGUGGUAUGGUGAAUAUAGGAACCAUGGCCCUGGAGCAUUACUAUCUGGCCGGGUUAAAUGGCCUGGCUACCACAUCAUUCAGGAUGUUGCCACAGCUAAAUUUUUUACUGCCGCACAGUUCAUCGACGGCUUGUCAUGGUUGCCAUCGACCGGUGUCAAGUUCACAGCAGGCUUGAGCAAUUAACCCACCUUAUAUAUUAUACAGUUAUAUACAAUUACUUUUGAAGCUUUCUGUUCGAAUUUUUCUUCAACACUACUUAAUUUGUAUGAAAUUGAAGUUUAAAGGCCAAUCUCGGCCCAUCUAUCUAGUGGGGAUCCAAUUGAUCCAAAUAUGUGUAUGUUUGGCUAUAAUCAAGGAAAAUAACUAGUUAGUAUUAA